UGGUGAAUCAAUUUAUUUUUAGGAUUAGUGAAAUCAUCUCCAUCCCACCAAAUUCUCCAUUAUUUACUCUAACUUCUUCCUACUAUAAUCUGUCACUUUUUUUCAUUAGAAAUCAAAUCCUUUAUAAAUUCAUAUAUCCAAAGAACACUUUCUAUUAGUUCAUGCUCUGUUUUGGCUCAUUAGCCAUGGCAGCAACACUUGCAGAAACAUUGAGCCCCAUCAAAAUCUACAAUCCAAAACCAACAAAAGUUUGCUUUUCAUAUGCAGCCUACGCUAAAAAUGUCAUACAACACCUCAAAUCAUCCAAUCUAAUCGUUGAAAAAGGACUUUCCGACGUUGAAUUUUCCACCAUUGAAUCUAAUUUCAGUUUUACUUUCCCACCUGAUCUCCGUUCUAUUCUUCAAGAAGGUCUACCCAUUGGCCCUGGAUUUCCCAAUUGGCGAUGCUCAUCUCAACAGCAAUUAGAGAUCAUCAAGAAUUUGCCCAUUUUGAGUUUGUGUAAACAAGUGAAGAAACGCAAUUUUUGGGUUGAAUUUUGGGGGAAUAGGCCAAUUGAUAAUGAUCAAGCUGUGGAUACGGCAAAUGGGUUCUUAAAAAAUGCCCCUGUUCUCGUUCCGAUUUAUCAGCAUUUUUAUAUUCCGUGUACGCCCUGUUUGGCUGGGAAUCCUGUGUUUUACGUUCACGAUGGACAGGUCAAAUUAUGGUGUUUUGAUAUCUCUGGGUUUUUUCAACAAGUAGAAUUUCAGAGAAACGAGAUGAUUCUAAGAAGACCCAGUUUGUUUAACUUGCUGAAUGCACCGUCAUGGGCGGCGACGGAAGCGAGGAAGAUUGACUUCUGGACGAAAAUGGCGGAGAUGGGUCAAAUGGCAGCGGCAGUUGGCGGUGGAAAGCACCGGCGGUGGUGGAGUGAGGAUCUAGAAGGGUAUUUAGAGGAUGUGUUUUUGAGGUUGACGGAAGCAGGAUGGAAAGAAGAGGAUGUCAGAGAGAUGAUGAUGAUGAAUGAUUCUGGCGACGGUGAUUCCGGUGACCGGAGUAGAUGCAGCGAUGCCGGCGUAUUUGACAACAAGAAAGAGGUGGAAUCGCACGUGAGUUUGUUAUCGAAGAGGUUAUUACGUGCGGGGUGGAGUACGGAAGAUGUGGUGGACACUCUAGGAUCUUCUGAGGAAAUUUUUAUGGAAGAAGAUUCUUGCAUUGAUUUUUAUCACAAAAAGGAUAUUUGCGUUAAUCAAAUAUUAGUAUAG